ACGUUAGCUGUCUGGGGCAACUAACAUGGAGAUAUCUCGUACCUAGAUGUAUAUACCAGCAGUUACCUACCUAAAUGCAUCGGUUUGUGUGCAAGUGCGUUUCUGAUGUCAACAAGAAAGAGGUUGAGAGGCACUGACGUCUAUCCUCCUACCAUCAGCUUUUAAUAUUCAAUGUCCGUUGUCCUUAUACAAACAUCUUUCCCUCUUCCUUCUCUCUGAAUCAGUAGCGAAAUGGCCUUCAGGCACGUCUGUACAGCUGAAACUACCAACUUUGCCCGAAUGUCCUGUGCAAUUGCUGGUGUGUGCUGUGAUAUUCUCAGAUCAGUGCUUAAAGCCACUAUUCCAGGAGAUUUGUCUGACAUUCUUAAAAGUCAAAAAUCACAUCUCCGUAAAAGUAUAAAGGGGUAUCAGCAACUGAUUCUAUAUCCUUCGACAGAAGAAUUCUCCCUGGAGAAAGUUGAUUCAUCACUUUUGUAUGCACUAAUUCGCAGCAUCCAGGGUAUAAACAUUACAGCUCCUAAAAAGGGAUGGGGCAAGACACCAGACAGCACAGACAGAUCGCCGGCAGCCAAUAUUGAACGGCUAAGAAUCCAGCGUAAUGAGACGUAUGGACACCUGCCAUCUGCGUCACUGCGCGAUGAUGAGUUUAAGAAAAGAUGGGACAACAUGUGUCAGUGUGUUUCUGAGCUAGAAAGAGACGUUCUGACAGGAGACACUUAUGUGAGAAAAUUGAAUGAGAUAUUGACCAUGAGCAUGGACCCUGAAACAGAGAAGUUGUACAUGGAGACACUUCAAAGACAAUACGAAGCAGACUUAGAGGUCAAGGCCGUCAUGCUGGGAGUCAAAGGAGUUGUUACAGACGUUGCAAAGAAACAGAAAGCAAUGGCCUCGGACAUGAGGGCCAUGAAAGGAGCUGUUGAAGAUGUUGUUAAGGAACAGAAAUCGAUGGCUUCAGACAUUGAAGCCUUAACUGAAACCCACCCGGACCUAAGACCCUUGAUAGAAACAACAGUAGCAAGGAUCAAAAAGGAAAAAGAGAAGAAAUUCCUUUCCACCAAAGCCUUCCGUGAUGCUCAAAAAAAGCUACAAAAGAACAAGAUUAUAGUCAUCAAGGGUAACACAGGAGACGGCAAGACUUCUACCGCCAUUCAACUCAUGGACUUGCUGAUCAAGGAGCAACAAUGCAGGCAACCUCUUCAGCUUCACAAAAUAGAAAAUUUAGAUUUAUUAUCUCCAAAUUCUAAUUUGGUUACUUGUAUUGAUGAUAUUUUUGGGGAGAAAGAUAAAGGAAAUGCUGAUGUGCAAGAGUGGAAUCAAAGGAUUUCAAAGGUAGAUGUACUUUUUGAUAGUAAACAGACAAAUGUUCUUCUCCUUACUAUUCGUAAUGAAAUAUUUAAUGCGUUGGGAAAACGUUCCUUUGGAACAGUUUUCACCCCAAAUAAUAUCAUUGAUCUAAGCUCAAAAGAAUACAAAAUUGCAGAGGAAAGAAAAGCACUGCUAGAGUUGUAUAAACCAAAUGCAUUUUCGUGGACAGAGGAAGAAAAAAAAAGAGUUUUGACUUGUGCACCCAAUGUUGGAUUUCCCCAAUGUUGUCAUCUUUUCUAUAAUUCUGUGCAACUGCAAAAAGAGCGUGCGCGAUUUUUUGAGAAGCCGUCUGAAUUUUUGAUUGAAGCAUUAUCCAGAAUGCAAGAAUGCUCUGCAAUUUUGUUUCUCUUCCUUAAUGGAAUGCUAAGAGUAAAAGAUCUCGAUCCAAACAAUGAUAACAUCAACAAAACAUUGUUAGAUCAAGCUUUUAACAUCAAAUUAUUUGAUGGGGGAGACUACAGAGGUCCUUUGACAGUUAUGGAAAGAGUUGGAUUUGUAAAAGAAAGUUUAGACAAAUUAAUAGGGUUUUUGGUGGUGAAAGAGUAUGAUUGGUGGACGGGUGAUGAAAUGUACAAAUUCAACCAUGAUUCAAUACAUGUCACAGUAGCUCUUUUGUAUUGGAAGAAAACGCCAGUUGGUUACAUUCAGAAUUCUCCCAGGGAAUCUCUCAAAUACUUAACCAUCUCAAAAACAACCUUAAACAUGAUAGCCAUAUCAUCUGAUGAAUACACAUAUCUGUGUGAACGUCUACUCCGAGAGUUAGACAAAAGAGUGAUUAUUACAGGCAUUCGAUCUCUAGACGUUUGGAACGAUGAUGGAUUCGUUGGGAGAUUCUUUAGGUAUUUGAACGAGAAGAAGGUUGAUAAAGUCUCUGUGUUGAAUAAAGCAUGUGAUUAUGGUGUUGCAAACUGUGCUUUAUAUCUUCUGAGUGAGGGUGUCAAACCCAAUAAGGACACAGCAUGGUGGUCUUUGAUAACAGGCUGUGGUGAGUAUAGAAAGGGAGAUGUGGAUGUACUGAAGAAAGCGUUUGUGUACCUGAAUGCUGAGAUGAAAAUGGACUUGUUGUACAGAGCGUGCUGGUAUGGUUCAGAAGAAUGUGCUUCAUAUCUUCUUGAAAAGGGAGUCAAAGCUGACAAUUACACACCAUGGUGGCCAUUGAUUACAGGUAUUCGGUAUGGCGGUAAGGGAGAUGUGGAUGUACUUACAAAAGUUUAUCCAUAUGUUAGUGACAAAGCAAAGCUUAAUCUCUUGAAUGAAGCAUGUCGUUCUGUUUCAAGAGAUUGUGCUUUAUAUCUUCUGCGUAAGGGCGUCAAACCAAACCAAGGCACAGGAUUGUGGAAAUUGGUAAAAGGAAGUUAUAUGCAUGGUGAAGGUGUGGAUGUACUUAAGGAAGUUGUUAAAUACACAGAUGGAAAGAUGAGACUUAAAAUGUUGAAUCAGGCAUGUCAAUCUGGUUUCGAAGAUUGUGCUUUUUAUCUUCUACAUGAGGGAGUCAAGCCCGACAAGCACACACUGUUUUGUGUGGUGUGGGGAGGGAGUGUGAAUUUGUUGCGUUCACUGGAACAGUACAAUGUCAUUGAAACAGCAAGGUAUGACGAUAAUAACAAUGUUCUACAUGUGGCAUGUGAGGAGGAGAGAGAGGAGCUAGUGAUGCUGUUGUGUGAAAAAUACCCACGCUUAGUACGUGAAACGAAUAAAUCAGGGGAAAGACCACUCCAUAUUGCGACAAGGUCAGGAAACCGUUCUAUAAUCCAGACAGUAACCAGGGCUACGCAGGAUUGAAAAUGAAGGCACAAGUAUGAGACAGAUAGAUGUGGUGUACAUAGAAGUUGUGUUCAGUACAUGUCUCUUCUCUGUUAGUGCAGACUGCGCUACAUGUGAGAUAAUAUUUAGCUGCAAGGAGAUUUGUAUAUGUUUUUGUGAGAGAUAACAAAGGGCAGCAUUUGUUAAAUGUGAGCUGUAUAACUGGACGCAUGAAUAUUUAGGUAUAUCUAUAAAGAUUUCACAGGAUUGAACGAAGCUGCGAGUAAUAAAGGGCAGACUGAAGUGUAUGUUAUGAGAGGGGCCCAAGGAGAUUCCCAGAACUGUCCACAGCUGUGGAAAAGAAAGGAAGAAGUAAAGUUAUUCAGCCUUUUACAUUCUAAUUGUACAAAUCAUGCACAUAUAUAAAUCAUAUAAGUGAAAAAAGUUCUAACGUCUUUGAUGAAAAAUCAAUUUCAUCCGCGAAUGUUUUUAAAUCAUCUGAUCCGAAGGAUCGGAAUUCCGUUGAGUCAUCGUGUUACGUCCUUCUUCGUGCGCCAUGCGUAAACUUUUAAACUUUAGCUCUUAGGUUGCUCGUGUGAGAUUCAGCUCCAACUUUCUUGAAAUGAUAUUACGGUUCUCCUGGCAAACUGUUCCUAUUUUUCGGCUCAUUCUGAAAUCCGCAUUUUGUUUUUCUCGUCAACACUACUGGAGCAUUUAAACGAAAUCAGGUGAGAAUAUUGAGAAACUUCAUUGAACAAAGCGUUGUUGCUUUUGUUAACUUUACUAUUGAAAUUCAGGUUUGUUUGAAUAAGUUAGUUAUUGUUCAUACUUGCAUAUUUCUGUGUUAUAUUUGAUAUAAGUUACUUGUUUAUAUAUCAAAUGAUUGUUUACUUCUUCGAACGUGAAAUUUUCAUAUUACGUUCGGAGUAGAUUCACUAAAACUUCAAGAUUGUCUAAAUGCUGACCAUUGGGUUAUAUUAUCUACAUUUCCAAUAUUUUUCUGUUACCAGGGCAGAGCUAAGGUUAUUUAUGAUAACAUGGAAAUGGUGUUACCCAUUUAUAUAGAUAAGAAUAAUUACAGAUAACUUGUACUAGGAGAAAUCAUGCUACACCUGUCCUUAAUAUCCUUUGCCCCGGGGUUUCAUUAGUUUCGGUUUACGUUAUGGAAGCUCCCUCUGGAAUGUCUCUCCAUUACAAUUGUUAUAAUACACCUGUAGGCUAUAUCCCUUGUCUUUGGGAGUCAUUACUUUUCAAGAUGGAGCUUUCCUUCGGCACGUCUCUACAUUAUAGUUGCUAUUAUACACCUGAAGGUGGUAUCCAUUGUCCCAGUGGACUAAGACCACAAUUAAUUUCACUAUAUGUUUCAUUGUAACAUUAAAAUUCAUAACUAAGUCCCAAAGUUUCAUCUGCAAAUUUCCAUUU